GACCGAGAUGGCCGGUUUGGGUCGAGAACUGCUGCGAUGACCGAGCGCCAAGCCGAGCCGAGGCGGGCCAAUCAGGGCCUCGCCAGCGUCAUCAACCAGCCAGCCUGGCACGUGACCGACGUGUUUCCCCGCGUCGGCGUUCGGCCAGCCAUCGCGUCACUGCGGAGAGAGAGAGAGAGAGAGCGAUAGCAGGCAGCAGAGCAGGCUCGGCCUAUAAUUUUAUAUUAAAAUAACAACAACAACACGAUUUUUCCCUUUUUCUUUCCAUCUCCCCGACCAGGACAGACUGCUGCUCUUUUGGCUUUGGCAUUUCCAAUUAACUACAAUGGCGGACAAUUAUCCCUCGCGAGAGGAAGAUACACUGGAGGAGGAUGAGGAGAUCGAUGAGACGAGCUACAAAUCCGUCAAGGAUGCCGUCCUCUUUGCCAUCGAAAUCAAUGAAUCAAUGCUGACUCCGCGUCCCUCUGAAUCGAAGAAGGGUACAACGGCAUCGCCUGCGACCGCCGCCUUGAAAUGCGCCUACCAUCUAAUGCAGCAGCGGAUAAUUUCCAACCCUCGAGAUAUGAUUGGCGUGCUACUGUACGGAACGGAAGCAUCCAAGUUCUACGAUGAAGACGAGAACAGUCGGGGAGAUCUUUCAUACCCCCAUUGCUAUCUCUUCACGGACCUUGAUGUCCCGGCGGCCGACGAUGUCAAGGAGCUACGAGCAUUGGCGGAGGACGAAGAGAAGGCGAAGGAGAUACUGGUCCCCUCGAAGGAGCCUGCGUCAAUGGCCAACGUCCUCUUCUGCGCAAACCAGAUCUUCACGUCGAAGGCGGCCAACUUCCUGUCGAGACGGUUGUUCAUUGUCACCGACAACGACAACCCUCACGGCGACGACAAGACCUCCAGAUCCGCCGCUACUGUCCGUGCAAAGGAUCUGUACGACCUGGGAGUGAUAAUUGAACUGUUCCCCAUCGACAGACCUGACAAAGAGUUCGACCGGUCGAAAUUCUAUGACGACAUCAUAUACAAGGCCUCGCCAUCGGACCCAGAGGCUCCCGCUCCCUUCCUACAGGAUGAGACUAAGACUGCGUCAGCCGGGGGAGAUGGCAUCACAUUGCUGAAUUCUCUGUUAUCGUCAAUCAACUCCAAAUCCGUCCCGCGGCGAGCGCUGUUCUCCAACGUGCCAUUGGAGUUUGGUCCUGGUUUCAGAAUCUCCGUCACCGGGUAUCUUAUCUUCAAACGUCAAGAGCCCGCCAGGAGUUGCUACGUGUGGCUAGGAGGUGAGAAGCCUCAGAUCGCCAAGGGCGUGACAACUUUGAUCGCGGAUGACACUGCACGAACAGUGGAAAAGUCAGAGAUCCGAAAGGCGUACAAGUUCGGUGGCGAGCAGGUCUCGUUUACAACAGAAGAACAACAGGCGCUCCGUAACUUUGGCGACCCCGUGAUCCGUAUCAUUGGCUUCAAGCCUCUGUCGGCUCUCCCUUUCUGGGCCAACAUCAAACACCCUACAUUCAUCUAUCCGUCUGAAGAAGAUUAUGUUGGGUCAACACGGGUUUUCUCAGCUCUCUACCAGAAACUCCUAAAGGAUGGAAAAAUGGCCUUAGUCUGGUUCAUUCCCCGUCGAAACGCAGCUCCAGUCGUGGCAGCGAUGAUGCCAGGCCCAGAAAGGCUUGACGAAAACAAUGUUCAGAAGAUACCUCCUGGGAUGUGGAUCGUGCCUCUCCCCUUUGCAGACGACAUCCGACAAAAUCCGGAGACCCAUCUGAUUGUCUCUCCGGAGUCUUUGAUUGACCAGAUGCGCACCGUUGUUCAGCAGCUACAGCUUCCAAAAGCGCAGUAUGAUCCUCAGAAAUACCCGAAUCCAGCUUUGCAAUGGCAUUACCGUAUCCUGCAGGCUCUCGCAUUAGACGAGGACUUGCCAGAGAAGCCUGAAGACAAGACCAUUCCGAGAUACAGACAGAUAGACAAGCGAGCUGGCGAGUACGUAAUCUCCUGGGGAGAAGAGCUCGAAGCCCAGUACCGGAAAAUCGAAAGUCGUCAACCUAAGUCUACCACUCUGACCAAACGACCGGCGAAAUCAGCUGCUGCUGAGGAUGAUGAAAUAGCAAACGCCAAGGGCGCAGGUCGGCCGGCCAAGAAGAUCAAAACAGAGAGCGACGGUCAACCGUCGGCUGACGAAAUGAGAAAAGCAUACGAAAAGGGAACCAUUUCCAAACUCACCAUGCCUGUCCUCAAAGACUUCCUCGGCGCUCAUAACCUUUCGACGACGGGUAAGAAAGCCGAUCUAGUUGACCGAGUCGAGGAGUUCUUUGAGCGGAAAUAGGUCUCUUUCCUUAUUUUUUCUCGUACAGUAAUUAGACAACGUAAUUGAUUGGCCUCCUAGAAGGAAUUUGUGUCUAAUGACGACGGUCGGUCAUGAGGGAAUUAUACGGCGUUUGGAGCAAAGACUGACUUCUGGCUGGAUUAUCCCUUAUCCACUUUGUGCGUAUGUAUGUAUGUACACUACUUAACUAUGCCACACCCAUUAAAAAGGCUACGAGAUACAUAGACAAACAUUAGGAGGUAAUAUAAUCUCUUUCUUUCUUUUACA